GACUUGAAGAAGAAAUCGUCCAGCGGGGUUAGUUCGAUAUCCAAUCUGGCGAAAGACACCGGGUCGUAUUGGAGAUGAUUAGCAAUGACGCCUGAUCUCGUGUCUCUGCAUUACGUAGCUGAGGGAAUAUCAUCCCUCAGAAAAACUGACGUCACCUUUAGGGCAAUUUCACGUACUCUCAAACGAUAAUGUGCAAACAUACGCUUUAGCCUCAAAAUUGAUAGGCACUUCAGGGGCGUUAGAAAGCCCUGGGCUUUCAGAAUUAGUUCCAAGAAAUUCUAGGAAUUUUCUUCUCUAAUUAGCUUUUACCUGGAUAUCAUCCUGAAAGACAAGUGUUUGCUCGCGAGUAGCAGUGGAUUGAGUCACUGGGCUGAUCAACAGGUCUCCCUGAGGCGAAGGCAAACGAACAUCUUUGACGGAAUAAUCGGAUAAUCAUACGAGUUUUCACCUUCAAAAGAACUUCAAAGGCAGGAAUGCGAUCCCGAAACCAAGGAGGCGAGAGUUCUUCCAAUGGCUACUUCUCCCGCCUCAAGCCCUCCACCAUUGGCUGUCCCGAAGAAGAAGGUCCUCAGGAAGGGGCCAAGAAAAAGAACAAACCCAGUAGAAGAAAAGAAGGAGACAUGACCCUGUCAGGAACCGUCAAAAGGCACCUUAAACCGGCCGGGGAUGGAGAACAGAAGAAUAAGAAACCCCUGGAGCUAUCCAAGGAAGACCUCAUCCGACUUCUCAGCAUCAUGGAGGGCGAAUUGCAGGCGAGAGAAGAUGUGAUCCAUAUGCUGAAGACGGAGAAAACCAAGCCCCAGGCCUUGGAAGCUCAUUACGGAUCAGCUGCCCCCGAGGGCAUCCUCCGCGCCCUGCAUCGGGAUGCCAUCCUCGCCCAAGACACAGCCAUAGGAGAAGACGUCUACGAGAAGCCCAUUUCGGAGCUGGACAGGCUUGAAGAGAAACAGAAAGAGACUUACCGACGUAUGCUAGAGCAGCUCCUUCUAGCCGAGAAAUGCCACCGGCGCACGGUGUACGAACUCGAGAGCGAGAAACACAAGCACACGGAUUACAUGAACAAGAGCGAUGACUUCACCAACCUUCUGGAGCAAGAGAGGGAAAGGUUAAAGAAGCUUCUUGAGCAAGAAAAACUCUAUCAGGCCCGCAAGGAGAAGGAGAACACAAAGCGACUCAAUAAACUGAGGGAUGAACUGGUGAAACUCAAGUCAUUUGCACUAAUGCUGGUGGAUGAGAGGCAAAUACACAUUGAACAGCUAGGUCUGCAGAGCCAGAAAGUUCAAGAUCUCACCCAGAAACUGAAGGAAGAGGAGGAAAAGCUCAGAGCCAUAGCUUCCAAAUCGAAAGAGGAGAGGCAGAAGCUGCUGAGGUUAGAAGCGGAUCUGGAGCACAAGACGUCCCGGUUUUCUCAAGACCACGAGGAUUUGACGGCGAAACUAGCCGGCCAAGAGUCGCAGAAUCGUCAGCUUAAGCUGACGCUGGGGGGUUUAUCACGCCGGAUCGAGGAGCUGGAGGAAACCAAUCAGAGCCUCCAAAGAGCCGAGGUAGAGCUCCAGGAGUUAAGAGCUAAGAUGGCCAGGGGAGAAUGCGGGAACUCCAGCCUCAUGGCCGAAGUGGAAAAUCUCCGCAAGCGGGUGCUGGAAAUGGAGGGUAAGGACGAGGAGAUCACCAAGACGGAAACCCAGUGUCGCCAGCUGAAGAAAAAGCUUCAAGAGGAAGACCACCACAGUAAGGCGCUCCAGCUAGAGGUGGAGAAAUUGCAGCGGAGGAUGUCGGACCUAGAAAAGCUGGAAGAGGCUUUUGGCCAAAGUAAGGUGGAGUGCACGCAGCUGCAUUUAAGCCUGGAGAAAGAAAAGAAUUUUACCAAGGACCUGAUCAAUGAGCUGGAGGCGGUGAAGAGCCGCGUGAAAGACCUCGAAUGUUCGGAGAGCAGGUUGGAAAAGGCCGAACUGAAUUUAAAAGAUGACUUGGCGAAGCUGAAGUCGUUUACGGUGAUGCUGGUGGACGAGCGAAAAAACAUGAUGGAGAAAAUCAAACAAGAGGAGCGCAAAGUAGACGGGCUGAACAAGAGCUUGAAAAUGGAGCAAGGGAAAGUCAUGGAGGUGACCGAGAAGCUGAUCGACGAAAGCAAGAAGCUGCUAAAGCUGAAGUCGGAAAUGGAGGAGAAGGUGUACGGUUUGACGAAAGAGAGGGACGAGUUAACGGGCAGGUUGAAAAGCGAAGAGGAAAAAUCCUCCGAAUUGAACUGCACCGUGGAGCGUUUGAAGAAGAGGCUCGACGGUAUCGAGGGUGUGGAGAGGGAAAUGGCGAGAGGCAGGUCUCGAAAAGGGUCGGAGCUCACGGGCGCCGAGGAGAACAAGAUCAAAGAGCUCACCCUAGAAAUCGAGAGGCUGAAGAAGCGCCUCCAACAGUUGGAGGUGGUGGAAGGCGAUCUGAUGAAAACAGAGGACGAAUACGACCAGCUGGAGCAGAAGUUCAGAACCGAGCAGGACAAGGCCAACUUCCUCUCGCAACAGCUGGAGGAGAUCAAGCUUCAGAUCGCCAAAAACAAAGCCAUCGAGAAAGGGGAAGCCGUGAGCCAGGAGGCAGAAUUGAGGCACAGGUUUCGGCUGGAAGAGGCCAAAAGCAGAGACCUGAAAGCCGAAGUUCAAGCUCUUAAAGAGAAGAUUCAUGAGCUCAUGAACAAAGAAGACCAGCUGUCUCAGCUCCAAGUCGACUACUCGGUCCUGCAGCAGAGGUUCCUGGAAGAAGAGAGUAAAAACAAAACCAUGGGGCAGGAAGUCGUCCAUUUAACCAAAGAGUUGGAGCUCUCUAAGCGCUACAGCCGCGCUCUGAGGCCCAGUAUGAACGGGAGGAGGAUGGUGGACGUCCCAGUGACGUCCACCGGGGUCCAGACCGACGCGGUGAGCGGCGAGGCGGCGGAGGAGGAGACCCCCGCGGUGUUCAUCAGGAAAUCCUUCCAAGAGGAGAAUCACAUCAUGAGCAACCUCCGGCAGGUGGGCCUGAAGAAGCCGCCGGAGCGGUCGUCGGUCCUGGACCGGUACCCUCCGGCCGCAAACGAACUGUCGAUGAGGAAGUCUUGGAUUCCGUGGAUGAAGAAAAGGGAGAAUGGGUCCCAGGCGCCGCAAGAGAAGGGGGCCCGUCCGGGUUCCGGCCAGGGACGCCAAAGGGAGGUGGUCCUCUCCCCAAAGCAGGGGCAACCGCUCCAUAUCCGCGUAACUCCGGAUCACGAGAACAGCACGGCGACCCUGGAGAUCACCAGCCCGUCGGCUGAGGAGUUUUUUUCCAGCACCACUGUCAUUCCCACCUUAGGGCAUCAGAAACCGAGGAUAACCAUUAUUCCCUCUCCGAACGUCCUGCCUCAUAAAGCCAAAGGCGGAGACGCUAAUCUGGGUCCGGAGCGGGCCAUGUCUCCAGUCACGAUAACCACCUUCUCCAGAGAGAAGGUCCCGGAGGGUGGGAGGGGACCCUUCGCGGAUAGGCCCACCUCACCCAUCCAGAUCAUGACGGUCUCGACUUCGGCGGCCCCGGCGGACGGCUCCGUCUCUCCAGAACCACCGGACGUGGCCCUGGGCAGGACGGUCUUCAAAGUCACCCCGGAGAAAUCGGCUGGUCCGACGCCGGCGCGGAAGUACAACGCCAACGCCAACAUCAUCACCACAGAGGAUAACAAGAUUCACAUCCACCUGGGGUCUCAGUUCAAACGGUCGCCCGCUUCUCCGGCCGAGGGGCCCAGCCCACUCAUCACCGUCCGGCCGGUCAGCGUGGCCGCGGAAAAAGAGGUCGCCAUGGGCACCGUCCUCCGUUCCCCUAAGAACGCUCUCUCCUCGAGGCCUGGAGCCAACACGGUGACGAGCACCAUCACCAUCACCCCGGUCACUACGUCGUCGACGCGAGGCACCCAGUCAGUGUCAGGACAAGACGGGUCUCCCCAGCGGCCUGCUCCCACCCGAAUCCCUAUGUCGAAAGGUAUGAAAGCAGGAAAGCCGGUAGCGGCAGCCCCAGGAACGGGAAAUCUGACAAAAUUCGAGCCUCGAGCUGAGACUCAGUCAAUGAAAAUAGAACUGAAGAAAUCUUCAGCCAGCAGCUCUACACCUCUGGGAGGGUACAAGGGAUGAAGGGCAGUGGCCCAGGGGAAAGCGUCGUCAUUCACCAGUUACGACUGAACCCCAGGUGAACUUGCCAAGCACCUGUUGAAUGGUAGCCCUUCCUCUGGACUCCGUUUGGAUGGACGUCAAUUCCGCUCCGGUCCACCUUCGCCGCGGCCUUCGAUGUUUCCGACCGCUUUUGAAAUCAUUCUCCCUCCAGGGAGUGUCCGGGGGAAAGAGUUCUCAAGCUUCCCGUGGCCCCGAAGAUAACUCUGGAAACGGGGACAAGAGCAAGUUCCGCUCUGUGCAAAAUCGGAUUUGACCGUUCUUUGGCAAAACUUCAGGUCCUUAAGCACA